AUGCUUCCAGUGGGCAGGAUGGAGGACGAGGAAGGCCCUGAGUAUGGGAAAGCAGACUUUGUGCUUUUGGACCAACUGACCAUGGAGGACUUCAUGAAGAACCUAGAGCUCAGGUUUGAGAAGGGCCGUAUCUAUACCUACAUUGGUGAGGUGCUGGUAUCCGUGAACCCCUACCAGGAACUGCCAUUGUAUGGGCCAGAGGCCAUUGCCAAGUAUCAGGGCCGUGAGCUCUAUGAGCGACCACCUCAUCUUUACGCGGUGGCCAAUGCUGCUUACAAGGCAAUGAAGCGCAGAUCCAGGGACACCUGCAUCGUCAUCUCAGGGGAGAGUGGGGCAGGGAAGACAGAAGCCAGCAAGCACAUCAUGCAGUACAUUGCUGCUGUCACCAACCCAAGCCAGAGGGCUGAGGUAGAGAGGGUGAAGGAUGUGCUCCUCAAGUCCACCUGCGUGCUCGAAGCCUUCGGCAACGCCCGCACCAAUCGCAACCACAACUCCAGCCGCUUUGGCAAGUACAUGGACAUCAACUUCGACUUCAAGGGGGAUCCUGUUGGCGGACACAUCCACAGCUACCUGCUGGAGAAGUCCAGGGUUCUCAAGCAGCAUGUGGGCGAGAGGAACUUCCAUGCCUUCUACCAGUUGCUUCGAGGCAGUGAGGACCAAGAACUGCAAGGACUGCAUCUGGAGAGAAACCCUGCUGUGUAUAAUUUCACGCGCCAGGGAGCUGGGCUCAACAUGGGUGUGCACAAUGCCUUGGACAGUGAUGAGAGGAGCCACCAAGGAGUGAUGGAGGCCAUGAGGAUCAUCGGCUUCAGUCCUGAGGAGGUGGAAUCCAUCCAUCGCAUCCUGGCCGCCAUAUUGCACCUGGUGAGCUUGGCUUGGAAGACCUGGGAGGUUAGCUUUGAGCAGUUCUGCAUCAACUACUGCAAUGAGAAGCUCCAGCAGCUCUUUAUCCAGCUUAUCCUGAAGCAAGAGCAGGAGGAGUAUGAACGAGAGGGCAUCGCCUGGCAGAGCAUCGAGUACUUCAACAACGCUACCAUUGUGGAACUUGUAGAGCAGCCCCGCCGAGGCAUCCUGGCUGUGCUGGAUGAAGCCUGCAGCACGGCAGGCCCCAUCACCGACCGAAUCUUCCUGCAGACCCUGGACACACACCACCGCCACCACCCACACUAUUCCAGCCGCCAGCUUUGCCCUACGGACAAGACCAUGGAGUUUGGCCGAGACUUCCAGAUCAAACACUAUGCAGGGGAUGUCACGUACUCUGUGGAAGGCUUCAUUGACAAGAAUAGAGACUCUCUCUUCCAGGACUUCAAACGGCUGCUGUACAAUAGCGUGGAUCCCACCUUGCGAGCCAUGUGGCCAGACGGGCAACAGGACAUCACGGAAGUGACCAAGCGUCCCCUGACAGCCGGCACACUCUUUAAGAAUUCCAUGGUUGCCCUGGUGGAAAACUUGGCUUCCAAGGAACCCUUCUAUGUCCGCUGCAUCAAACCCAACGAAGACAAGGUGGCUGGGCGGCUCGAUGAAGCCCACUGUCGUCACCAGGUCGAAUACCUGGGACUACUGGAGAAUGUGAGGGUCCGCAGGGCUGGCUUUGCUUCCCGGCAGCCCUACCCUCGAUUCCUGCUCAGGUACAAGAUGACCUGUGAGUACACGUGGCCCAACCACCUGCUGGGCUCUGACCGGGAUGCGGUGAGCGCCCUGCUGGAACAGCAUGGGCUGCAAGGGGAUGUGGCCUUUGGCCACAGCAAGCUGUUCAUCCGAUCCCCAAGGACGCUAGUCACUCUGGAGCAGAGCCGGGCUCGCCUGAUUCCCAUCAUUGUGUUAUUACUGCAGAAGGCUUGGCGAGGCACCCUGGCUAGGUGGCACUGCCGGCGACUAAGGGCCAUCUACACCAUCAUGCGCUGGUUCCGGAGGCACAAGGUGCGUGCUCACCUGAUUGAACUACAGCGACGGUUCCAGGCCGCACGGCAGCCCCCACUCUAUGGCCGUGACCUCGUGUGGCCCACACCUCCUGCUGUGCUGCAGCCGUUCCAGGACACUUGCCGUGUUCUCUUCAGCAGGUGGCGGGCACGGCAGUUGGUGAAGAACAUCCCUCCUUCAGACAUGACCCAGAUCAAGGCCAAGGUGGCUGCUAUGGGGGCCUUGCAAGGACUGCGGCAGGACUGGGGUUGCCAGCGGGCCUGGGCCCGAGACUACCUGUCCUCUGACACUGACAACCCCACAGCUUCCCAUCUGUUUGCUGAGCAACUAAAGGUGCUGCGGGAGAAGGAUGGCUUUGGAAGUGUGCUUUUUUCCAGCCACGUGCGCAAGGUGAAUCGCUUCCGCAAGAGCCGGGACCGGGCCCUUCUGCUCACAGAUCGGCAUCUCUACAAGUUGGAGCCUGGACGACAGUACCGGGUGAUGCGGGCUGUGCCUCUGGAUGCGGUGACAGGGCUGAGUGUGACCAGUGGAAGAGAUCAGCUGGUGGUGCUACAUGCCCAAGGCCAUGAUGAUCUUGUAGUGUGUCUACACCGUUCCCAACCACCUCUGGACAACCGAAUUGGGGAGCUGGUGGGCAUGCUGGCUGCACACUGCCAGGGGGAGGGACGAACCCUGGAGGUCCGUGUCUCUGACUGUAUCCCACUCAGCCAGCAUGGUGCCCGGCGCCUCAUUUCUGUGGAGCUCAGGCCAGAGCAGCCUGAGCCAGAUUUCCAAUGCAGCCGUAGCACAUUUACCCUCCUCUGGCCAAGCCACUGAGCAAGGCCAAGUCAGUCUAACCUGGUCUCCAUGCAGUUCUAAAUACCUGGACUUGUCCACCCUUACAUGGAACAUUGAAAAAUAAAGAUGUUAUAUUUGU